AAACGACAAGAUCUCACUCACACUAAUAACCCGUUUCCAUGUUGGUUUUCGCGGCACUGAAGCGUCGUUGAACUUAUUUUCAUUUAAAAUCUGUGUAUAUAUCUAUAUUUCUCUGUGUUUUUGUGCAUAUGUUAAACAAAUGUGUUUUUGGCGUCUAUAAAUAUUAUCAUUACUUAUACGGCAAUGGAUUUUCAUCGUUAACAAGCCUGUGAAACUAUCAUGGCGUGUCUGGGCCUAAUGCACUAGGCUGAUUCUCGUAACAAAAUAGGACUUUGCACAUAUCAUAUCGGGACGUUCAAUUUUCUGGCUAUUUUUUCAGUAUCAGUGUUGCAGGUAGGUUCGAUUGUGAUAUUUGAAAUAAUUGUAUCAUUUUGUGGUGUUAAGCAAAAAAGGAAAUUAAGUUUUUCGAUGUACUCAGUUUGAUAAUGUCCAGCCAGACCGCCUAUCACCCAUUUUGUCUGAGUGCCUAUUACGUUCACUGGACGUUGAAUUGGCAUAAUAAUGCCUCGUAUGCCAACCUAGCUAUAGUUUGACUAUUGCUACUCGACUACCGUGGUUUGGCGUUGUAUCACUCAAUUUUAUAUUCACCAAAUCCAUGAUUUGCAGAAAUUGUGAAAUACGAAAAUUUUACAUAAUAUAUGUGAAAGUUGAAACAGGAUUUUAAAUGAGGGUGUUUAGCGCCUGAAUUGAUUAAUAAUGGAUGAAUCUGAGGAGAAUAUGAGUACUGAAGAUAUCAAUAAUGUUGACAGUCCUGUGUCUGUCAAAAUAAAACCUAAGAAGAGGUCGCUGGUUGAGCGAGAACUUGAAACUAACUUGACAGCCCGAGUGACAUCUCCUGUCACCGGCGAAGUCUCUAGCACCAGCAGGUAUGGCCGGGCCCGUAGACUCAAGACUGCCUCAGAUAUGGAUGCAGAGAAAAUCAUGAAACCGUUAAAAGUUGAUGUUUCUAAGCAACCGCAGGCAUAUAAGAUGCAUGCAUCUAAUUCACCGAUACAAAAGGAAUCUCCUCAAAGAACAAUCUCAGUGGGUUCGAGCAUUGAACAUCAGAUAGAGAACAUUUAUAAUGAGAACAUUUCUCUAAGCCGGUUUGGGUCCGAAGAGAAAGCUAACUCUCAGUCCCCAGCCAAGAAAUUCAGCAAAGUUUAUAUCCGGAAGGAUCUGAUUCAGAAACCAGACACAGAUACUGUUGUUUUGAUUAAGAAUAUGUUUUCACCAAACAAAUCAAAUUCUCAUUUAAGCAAUAUCCUAGAAAGGUCAUCUGAGAAAUAUUCUUUAAACGGACAUGGGAAGGCCAUGAAUGGUUUUCCCGAUACUUCUUCAGUUGUUAAAACAUUAGAUUUUGAUGGUAAAAAGAAGAACAAACAGGUUUCCCCUGCACCACCGAUUAAAAAAGAAAUCAAAGAGAUAAUAUCCAAAGAAGUAAAAGAAAAAGUUAUGUUUAAAGAUGUAAAAGAGAAAGUGGUGUCCAAGGAAGUUAAAGAGAAGGUGGUGUCUAAGAAUGAGUUGUUUGAGCUGGAGGCGACCUGCGAGUACCAAGUUGGAGACUUGGCAUGGGCAAGGGUUGGCACAUAUCCAUUUUGGCCAUGCAUUGUCACUAGAGAACCGUUCAGUGACAUGUUUGUUAAGAAGAAAUUGUUCGGCCGCGUAGAGCGCUCGGUGAUCCACGUGACGUUUUUCGGUGACAACGGCCGCCGCGGGUGGAUCGUAGACAACAUGCUCCGCAAGUACCACGGCAGGGCAGAGUUUGAAGCAUGUCGCAACAAGUUCACACCAGAGUCCAAGAAGAAGGAUCCACGUCUGUAUGCGGCGCACUUCGUCUCAGAGAAGAAACUACCAUUAUGGAAUGUGUCCGUUAAAGAGGCAGAAACACUUAUGAAAGAGCCCAAGAGACUUCGAAUUGAUGCCCUCUACGACAUGCUCGAAAAGGCAAGAGCUGCCAAAACUACCCCAAGCAAAUGCGAUAAGGGUGGGAAGAUCACACGAACGGGCAGCGAUGUAUCUUUAAGCGAAAGCUUAUACGAUACACUGUUCUCUGAAGAUGAUGGCAAACAAGAUGAUAACCGUUCGAAUAGAGCAAGGAAUAAGUCUUUGGACGUCUCUGAAGUGGUCACAGCUUGCUUAGACAAUAUGGCGGCUAGAAGCGGCAUCAUACAAAUUCAGAGACAGUCACACAUGGACAGGUGGCUGCAAAAAGCAAAAUCUAAAACCCCAGAAAAAAUACAACCAAAAUUACAUAUUAAGGUAGAAAGAGAAAAGAGAAAGGAUAAAGCCAAAAAGAAGAAAGAAGGUAAAAGUACGCAUAAAACGAGGAAGAAUGAAUCUCUUGGUUCUGAUACUAACUUGCUUCCAUAUCAAAAUGAGCAUGAUUAUAGUAGUGUAAAUUAUGAAAACCAUGAUAUCAAUGACAGUUCUAAUAAAAAUACUGACUCGGCCAGCGGACUUGACAGUACAUUGGAUACUAGUACAACUAUUAGUGAUAUUGGUGUUACCGUAAAAAUAGAAAAUAUUUCUAGCAGUAUGGAAGACUGUAGUCAAGAAGAUAUCAUAACAUCUAUAGUGAAUGAUGACAUUGUUAUGACAGAUUCAGUCAAUAUUAGUAAAGAUGAAACCAGAAAUAAUGAAACAAAUCCUAAAGACAAUAGUAAUAAUAAAAUAGAAAAUAACAAUGAACAUAUUUUAGACACUGGUAACAAAGAUAAUAAUGAACUUGUAGAAAUAAAAGAGGAGCUUACAUUAAAUAACUGUGAUUUAACAACUACUAUUCAGCCUAGACGAAGUAAAAGAAAAAGACAGACCUUUGAAGGCUUAAACAAUAGUAUCACUGAAAAGAAAGCUAAAGAACCUAAGUUAGAUUUACAUAACCAAAAACCCAAUGAGGUAAUAACAACUCACAGUAAUGUACCUAAAAGUAAUAACAACCAAGAAAGUAAAGAAGAAUCUGAGAAGGAAUCCGAAAAAACGGAAAUGCCGAGUAAUGAACCAACCAUUGACAAUUUAGACAAGAAAAUAUCUUAUAACAUCAAGGUUGAAUCAACAGACUCAUUUCCUGAUCAAUCAAAACAUCCAAAUGAACCUUUAAAUAGCUCUGUAUAUAUAGCUCAAUGCGAAAGUUCCUAUCAAAAACCAGACCUACAGCGAAACUGUGAUUUCCUAACUGUUGAAAGUCAUAAAAAAGCACUCGCAGAGUCGGAGAAAUGUGUUAAAGAAACUGGUUCGAUCACGACCACCAAUGAUAGAGAUAUAUCCACUAUAAGACGUUCUAGAAGUUCAAAAGAAAAACACGACGCCAAGAAGAAAAAAAGAGAUUUAAAAGAAAGCAGCAAGGUUGAAUCAACUGACCGUAUGACGGUUGAUAAUAAAUCUGUGGUUGACAAUGUACUACUUAAUUCAGAAAACACGGACACAGAGAAUAAUCUUCCAGCCGAAACCAAAAUUGAAAAAGAAACAUCUCUAAACAGCAAAGAAUCGGAGAAAUGUGUUAAAGAAGCUGGUACGAUGACGACCACCAAUGAUACACAUAUAUCCACUAUCAGACGUUCUAGACGUUCAAAAGAAAAACACGACGCCAAGAAGACAAAAAAAGAUUUAAAAGAAAGCAGCAAGGUUGAAUCAACUGACCGUAUAACGUUUGAUAAAAUACCUAAAUCUGUAAUUGACAAUGUACCACUUAAUGCAGAAAACACGGACACAGAGAAUAAUCUACCAACUGAAACCAAAAUUGAAAAAGAAACAUCUCUAAACAGCAAAGAAUCGGAGAAUUGUGUUAAAGAAACUAGUUCGAUCACGACCACCAAUGAUGGAGAUAUAUCCACUAUCAGACGUUCAAAAGAAAAACACGACGCCGAGAAGACAAUAAAAGAUUUUAAGGAAAACAACAAGGUAGAAUCAAAUGACCGUAUGGCUUUUGAUAAAAUAACUAAAUCUGUGGUUGACAAUGUACCACUUAAUGCAGAAAACACGGACACAGAGAAUAAUCUAACAACCGAAACCAAAAUUGAAAAUGAAACAUCUCUAAACAACAAAGAAUCGGAGAAUUGUGUUAAAGAAACUAGUUCGAUCACGACCACCAAUGAUAGAGAUAUAUCCACUAUCAGGCGUUCUAGACGUUCAAAAGAAAAACACGACACCAAAAAGACAAAAAAAGAUUUAAAAGAAAACAUCAAGGUUGAAUCAACUGACCGUAUGGCUUUUGAUAAUAUACCUAAAUGUGUGGUUGAUAAUGUACCACUUAAUUCAGAAAAAUCAGCCACAAAGAAUAAUCUACCAACCGAAACCGAAACUGAAAAAGAAAUAUGUCUAAACAGUAAUGCUGAAUCAACUGAGCUUAUUUCAUGUGUUAGUAGUAUAUCCAAUCCUGUGGUAGACAAAAAACAACUUAAUUCAGAAAACGCGGUAACAGUGAGUAAUGAAUCAACUACUAUAAAUUUAGAUAAAGAAACUUCUCAAAACCGUAGGGUUGAAUCAAUGGAGAUAUGUGGUAACAAACCUAAAGAUGAGAUUCAAACUGAACUACUUAGUUCAGAAAUUACGGUAACAGAGAGUGAUGUGCCAACUCUAAAAAAUAUUGAAGAAGGAACAUCUCAAAAUAAGAAACUUGAAUCGACAGAGCCUAUUCCGUGUUGUAGUAAAUCUAAACCCGUGGUUGUUAUCAAACCACUUAAUUUUGAAAGCACUAUAUUACAAAGUAAUACAGUAAUUGUAACGAAUUUAGAGGAAACUACCAAAAACAGCAAACCUGAAGCAACAGAGCUCAUGCUACUCAAUAAUAAAUCUAGACCUGUCGUUGUAAUCGAGCCACUUAACUGUGAAAACGUAGUAACUGAAUGUAAUCCACCGAUCAUUGCAAAUUUAGAAAAAGAAACCUCUCUAAAUAACAAACUUGAAUCAAUGGAGCUAAUGGCAUUUUAUAAAAGUUCCAAACCCGUGGUUGUCAUUGAACCACUUGACAUGCAAGGUCUAGAAACACAAUUCGUAAUUAAAGGGUCAAAACCACUUGUUCGAAAUAGGUCGUUAGAUAGUUUAAAUAAAAAAGAAAUCUUUGAAGACAAAUCAGAAACCAGUGUAUUAUCAGAUUUGGUUCGAAAUGAUGUUAGUAAUGCUUUGAAAGACGUAAACAACGCAACUGAAAUGAGCAACGCAGUUGAUGUAGAGUUAGAAAACGUAAAUACCAAACCAAAUACUGAUACAGAUACAUCAAGUCAAUAUACUGAUCUGAAACCCGGGACAAGUCAAGAUGUUUCUAAAAACGGUCAUCAGGAGACUGAGAUAAUUUUUGAUGAUUCCGAGAGAGUGGAAGUCGAUGACUGUACUUCUCAUGUUGUUGAAAAGGAUCUGGCCGUUGCGACCAGCGUGAUUCCGCAUACUGAAAUAACGGAAACAGGUCUAGAUCCUUCCACAUUAAUAGAAAGCAAAAUAAUUGAAGUUCCUAAACAACCUUUUAUGAAGAAAGAUGAUGACAUUCUUAAGAGUAAUGUUCAAACCAAUGUUGUUAUUGGAGAAGAGACAUAUGUAUUUGAUAGAACUUUAUCACAAGAUUACGAUGAAAUUGAUGGUGAUUGUUAUGAUGAAUAUAGUCACUUACCCCAGGUUAUUAUUAAUGAAGAAGUUGAAAAAGCCAUUUUAAUUCAAAAUAAUUUGAUGAGUAAUAAAGAAAUUUCAUCUCAGGAGUCUUGCACAGAUAAAACAAACAAUAGUACUGAAAAAAUAUCAAGUUUAAGUAAUGAAAGUGGGCCUGAAAUUGUUAAAAACGAUUCACAGAUCCCAGAUAAUUGCAUUUUUUUAGAUAAAAGGAAUAUACAAAACGAUUCCGAAACAGUAGAAGACCACAAAGUUCCUACAGGUGAUGUAAGUACUAUAGUGAAAGAAGAAAAUAAUUCUGCCGAAGUAACUCAAGACAAUAAUGACAAGUGUGUUUUUUUAGAUCAACGUUCAAAAACAGCAGAUGCACAAUCAGCUGACAAUAUAGAAAAAAAAAGAAAAUCACCGAGAUUAAGUUUAAAUAGAACCAGAAAUCACUCGUUAAUAUUAAACAAAGUAUCCGAUCAUCUAAAACCAGCAUCUGUUAUUUCGAAUGACGAUAAAAUGUUGAUUAGUAGUAAAAGUACAAAAAGUGACCCAGAAUUUGUUAAAUAUAUGGAGAUUCGCCAAGAUGCUCUAUUGGACGAACAACCUGACUUGACUCGUGAUGAAAUUGUAACAUAUUUGUACAAAAAUUGGCUUUAUGAAGAGGAGAAAAAAUCAGACAUGAAAAAGAUGGAUGACAAUGAACAGGCUUGUUUAGUUAAAGGUUUUCAAGAAUCACAACAGCCGAAGAAAAUUAAGAAGAAACGUAAAGUCGAAAAAGCAGCAGAGUUGAAAAAUAUAGACAUACGGAAGAUGUUGCACAAAGGGAAAACUAAAUCUUUUUCUGGCCAUUCAGAACUUUCAAGUGAACCUUUAAAUAACACUGAACACAACAUAGCUUCCUGCGAAGAUUCCUAUCAAGAACCAGAGCCACAUCAAAACAAUGUUUUACAAACUGUUGAAAGUAACAAAAAUUCACACACUUAUCCGCAGAAAUAUGUUAAAGAAACAGUUUCGAUCACAAAUAUUAACGAUUUAUCCACUGUCAGACGUUCUAGACGUUCAAAAGACAAGCACGACACCAAAAAAACAAUGAAUGAAUUAAAAGAAAAGGUAGAAGAUAGAUGUGUUGUAAAAAUUGCUUUGAUAAAUACCAUUGUCAGAAAAGUGUCUACGACACGUAAUAGACGUUUACGACUUUCAAAUGACAAUCAAGAUAUGAAACAGAUAGUAAAUGCAUGCCCAGAAAAAUGUACCAGAGAAAGGUCUGAAAUCAGUUCAAAUGACAUUGAAAUUCCAUUUACUAGUCCAGAUAAGCCAAAACACAAAGAAGAUGCCAAAAAGGCAAUGGACGAUCCAGAGUUUAUUAAAUAUUUAGAAAGUCAUCAAGAUGCUUUAUUAGAUGAACAACCUGAUUUAACGCAGGAUGAACUUGUUACUUAUUUGUAUAAAAAUUGGCUUUAUAAAGACAAAUCCGAUCUGAAUUUUUUUUAUGACAAUCAACAGUUUAAUUUAUUCAAUAAUCGAGAACCGACGCCACAACAGAAAAAUAAUUCAGCCAGUCCUUGCAACAAUAAAACUUACAAUACUGAAAACAAUGAACAUUCAGGUCAUGUAAAAGGAGAACUAGAUAUCGUACAGUCAUUAAUCACUGAGUCGGAAAAAUGUGUAUUAGAAAUGGCUUCAUCGAAUGACAGUGAAAUUUCAGUUAUAAAAGAAGAACUAGAUGCCAAAGAGACAAUUAGUACAGAACUAGAAAUAUCCUCAAUGAAUUCUAACGACAGUAUAAUGACUAAACCUACAGGUGGCACAAAAGAAAAACAAGACACAAAGAAGGCAAUGAAUGAGCCAGAUUUUAUAAAAUAUUUAGAAAUGCAUCAAGAUGCUUUACUAGAUGAACAACCUGAUCUUACGCAAGAUGAAAUUGUUAAUUAUUUGUAUCAUAAUUGGUUAUAUGAAGAAAGUAAUAAAUCAGAAAUGAAGAAAAUUGACGAUAAUGAGCAGUCUAAUCUAGUUAAAGGUUUAAAUAAUUUGCCAGCGCAACAGCUUAAGAAAGUCAAGAAGAAAUCUAAGUUUGAAAAAGUGCCAGUAAUUAAAAAUGUAGAUAUAAGACAUAUGUGGCACAAGGACAUCUCAAAACCUUCGAAUUUCGACUCCGAAUUUUCAAAGGAAAAAGGUGCCAAAGAACAAAACAAACAUAAUCUUUCUGAAAACGACGAAACUUCUUGUGGCAAAAAUGAAAAUGGCACACAGGAAUCUAAAGAUGUCCAAAAUAUCGACAAACUAAAUAAUAUUGUAGAUUCGGAAGCACUUGGCAGGGUAGAAGCUAUUAGCCUUAAAGAAAAUACAUCAGACCAAAUUUCUAAUAAUAUUCUGAAGACUUUUAAAGAGGAAAGCUCUAAAAACUUGAAUAAUUUUAUAGAGGAAGCAGAGAUGCUUCAAGGACAUAUUUCUGGUCACCGAGAAAGCAAUAAGUCAGAUCAACAUAUAGCCGAAAACGAAAAUAACAUCUCUAAAAAAUCAGAUGACAUUGAAGACAUGGAGCUUGCCCUAGAUGAACUUGAGGACAAAGACAAUGAAGACUCGAAAGAAUCUACACACUGCAAAAUAAUCAACGGUUUUAUUGAAUUUGAAGAACGUUCAAAAUCUAAAAUUAAUGAAGGAUUUGAUCCGCAAAUUGUUUCCAUCAAAUCCGAAGACAGCGGAGUCUCUACUACAACACGUAGACAACGUAAAGAAAAAGACGCGAAGUCAAUGGACGAUCCUGAAUUUUUAAAAUAUUUGGAAGCUCGUCAAGACGCUCUGAUAGAUGAACAACCUGAUUUAACUCAAGAAGAAAUCGUGACGUAUUUGUAUCAAACUUGGUUUUACGAAGAAAGUACUAAGUCGGAGAUGAAGAAGAGCGAUGAAACCGAACAGUCUAAUUUGGUCAAAGGUUUGAACCAGGAACCGCUACUACAACCAAAGAAAAUUAAGAAGAGACCUAAAGUUGAAAAAGAACCUGUGGAAAAGGUGAAAAGCACCGAAGUCAAGGACACCAAAGUCGAAAAAUCUGAAAGGGUUUUGAAAAACGCCGAUAUAAGGGACAUGAUACAAAAACCAAAACGGAAAGCGACACAAUCCAAGCCGUACUAUAACGAAGAUGAUUCCGAUUUGGAGGAAGAAGAUUUAGAAACAUUUAAAAUAUUUGACAGAGACGAACCGAACGCAGAUGGCGAGGAAAUUGAUGAAGUAGAAUUGUAUUUCGAACAACUAACGAAACCGAAGCCUAACGUUUUUAAAGGUUAUGUCAGAGAGCGAGUUUGCGAAAACUGUUAUCGCGCAGGCAACUUAGUCAAAUGUAAAAGCUGCCAUGCGACGUAUCAUGUAGAAUGUGUAACGAAAAAAACUGAAGUUACUGAAGUAGCGGGACCUACAAGAGGCCGAAAGAGAAAGCGAGGCCGGAAGCCUAAAGGCUACGAUCCUUCAUUAGACACUGGCAGCCAAAGCGACGAGCGAUCUCAAGAUGCCAAUAACUCUGAAGAAACUAACAUAUCCUUUGAAGACGAAGCCGAAUCUCAUAUAGUAUUUGAUGAGGAUAACUUCGAAACAUUAUGGGAGAAUAAAAUGAAGGAACUGCAAACUGAUACUCAAGAUGAAUAUGUUAGCGAUCAGGAAAUUGAUUGGGAAGUUGAGCCGGGUCAUUGCGAAAUAGUCGAUUUAAAACAUAAAGAAAAACCUGUAGACUUCUCAGACUACAAAUGUAAUAAUUGCUUAAAAUAUGAAACUCCGGUAUGCUUCGUUUGUAAUUCGAAUAAAUCUCCUAAAGCAUUAACAGAAGUGCGUCAAAAAUGCCAAGUAGCUCACUGUCAUAGAUACUACCACUUAGAAUGUUUAGAUCACUGGCCGCAAACACAGUUUAACUCUUGGGAGCCGUCAAAAACUAAUAAAAAACAGAUUGAAUACAUAGAAGCGUUGUCAUGCCCCAGGCAUGUAUGCCAUACUUGUGUGUCGGAUGAUCCAAGGGGAUGUAAGACGAGAUUUUGUGGGGAUAAAUUGGCGAGAUGCGUAAAGUGCCCGGCGACUUAUCAUUCGUACACGAAGUGUUUGCCGGCGGGAUCACAGAUACUUACUGGGUCGCAGAUUAUAUGCCCAAGGCAUUAUGAGCAUAGACCGGGCAAGGUUCCGUGCCACGUGAACACGGGCUGGUGCUUCAUCUGCGCCCUCGGCGGCACGCUUAUUUGCUGCGAGUACUGCCCUACAUCGUUCCACGCUGAAUGCCUCAAUAUCAAGCCGCCUGAAGGAAGCUAUAUGUGCGAAGAUUGUGAAACUGGACGUCUGCCUCUGUAUGGGGAGAUGGUGUGGGUCAAAUUGGGACACUACAGAUGGUGGCCGGGCAUAGUCCUUCACCCAACAGAGAUCCCGGACAACAUUCUAGCAGUUAAACACUCGCCAGGCGAAUUCGUAGUGAGGUUCUUCGGACAGUAUGACCAUUACUGGGUCAACAGAGGGAGAGUGUUUCCAUUCCAAGAAGGUGAUUCCGGAAGAAUAUCUAGUCAGAAGUCCAAGAUAGACGCCGCUUUCACCACCGCCAUGGAACACGCGCAGCGGGCUUGCGAAAUAUUAAAAAAAAUGGAGCCUAAUCAAGAAGAAGACCUAGACAUCGCAUCCUCCCUACUACCACCGCACUACGUCAAGUUGAAAGUCAACAAGCCGGCCGGCGCCGUCUUUCGUAGAGAUGUAGAUGCUAACUCACUUACGCAGUGCGACUGCGAUCCGAACCAACCUGAUCCUUGUGGGCUCUACUCUCACUGUCUUAACAGGAUGUUGCUGACGGAGUGCGGUCCGCUGUGCCGCGCGGGUGACCGCUGCCACAACCGCGCGUUCGAGAAGCGCGCCUACCCGCGCCUGCAGGCCUACCGCACCCCGCACCGCGGCUGGGGGCUCCGCACGCUGCAGGACAUCAAGCAAGGUCAAUUUGUGAUCGAGUACGUCGGCGAGCUGAUCGACAUGGAGGAGUUCCGCAGGAGGAUGUGCCGGAAGCACGAGAUCCGGGACGAGAAUUUCUACUUCCUCACGCUGGACAAGGAGCGGAUGAUCGACGCGGGGCCUAAAGGCAACCUUGCCAGGUUCAUGAACCACUGCUGCGAGCCGAACUGCGAGACGCAGAAGUGGACGGUGCUCGGCGACGUGCGCGUCGGGCUGUUCGCGCUCUACGACAUACCCGCCAAUAGCGAAGUAACAUUCAACUACAACCUGGAGUGCGCCGGUAUAGAGAAGAAACGCUGUCUGUGCGGCGCCAAGAGGUGCUCUGGCUACAUUGGUGCUAAACCCAAACAGUUACAGGAAGACAAACCAAAACAACCCAAGCGCACAUACAAGAAGCGAAAACCGGUCGAAGAAAAACCAAAAGUACCGAAAAUAAAAAUUAAACCUAUCAAGCCGCGAGAACUCACUGAGAUCGAAAAGGACUUACUUAUAAUUAAAAAUGCUACCAACGGAAUUUCAAGUGAUUCAGAAGGGCAAUCAGGAAGGGAAAGCAGACUUAGUGUAGAGGAUAAAAAUCCUAAGGCAUUGAAAAGAAAAAGGGUUAGUUUUUCCACUGACGAGUCUGGUGCGAAGAAAGCUAAGUUGGAAAUUGAAGUUGAUGCCGUCUAAUGCAAACCUUUUGUGGAUUUUAAAUGUGAAUCGUUAUCUAAUAUGAAAAGGACUUUAGACCUAAUCUAGGCAGGCAUUUUUACUAAUAAGUCUGGUGGGAAGAAAGCUAAGUUCCCUAAAAGUGCAGGUUAAGCCUUUUCCAGGCAUAGCACGAUCGGCCACAUACGUGCCAAUAGAAUUUCAACUUUAGCAUUCCGAUUUAAGGUUCAAAUUGGACACUUUCGGGAAAUGUGUCUUGUCUUCAAAUAAAUCAUCAAAGAUGGAAUUAAUUGUAGAUUGGCGCGGCCUAGAAAAGGGUAGGAAGGCCUGAAUAGUCAAAAGCGUGUCAUGUAUUUUUUCGCGUUUGUCAUAUACUUAGGAUGAUAAGUUCGGAGAGAAAUAAGUUUGUGUUUAUUAGGCAAUGAAACUCAAACAAAAAUCAAAGAUUGACUGUAAAGAUGAAAAUAAGAAAUCAUGUUGUUACAAUACUGAAAAGCAUGUUCACUACAGGGAGCAUUCGACAUUAUUUUAACAGGUUUUAUGUCAUUAGACUUGAUGACUAUUUUAAUUUGCAAACUGCUGAAAACAGCUGUUAUAAUAUAACUAUAAAUACAAAGCCCCGACUGCAUGUUUGCGUUGUUCUUGUAGCGCCAUUUGCGUUGAGUAUUGCUUACAACCAUAUUAAUUAUACACCUUAGCCAUUGAGUGUAGCUUACCCAGUUACUAAAUGACAGUUAGGGGGCGUUCAAAUAUUACGUAACGCAAUUUUGGAAGAUUUUCAAGUAGCCAGCCACACUCACCAAUAUUGGCCUUAUACAGGAUGGCUAAAAAAUAAGUGCAUUACCGUUGCCAGGGAG